AUCUUAUAAGGGCAGCAGAAUAAAGAGAGCAAAGUGUGGAAUAGACAAGCGGACAGUUUGGUGCGAGAGAGAACGGGAUAAGUAGCAGAGAGAAAGUGUGGUGGAGCUGGAAAAGGAGGGAUGAGCAGAGAAGAGAGGGAACACAGCAGAGAGAGAGAGAGUUAGUCAUUGAGUUGUGAUACACUGGGCAUUCUGAGGUUACAACGGAAUGUUGUGCUGUGUCUUUGUCAAUCCCUUGAACUCGGUUUACUUUGCAGUGGGUGACCAGAUGGAGGGCUCGUCCCCUCAAACCCCGUCCACUUUGGAGCGAGGCGUCACCAGAAAGCGCCAGGCCUGGGCCCAGAGCAGAGGGCAGCGGCAGAACGUGGAAGAGAGCCUCACGUUACCAGAUGCGGGUUUGAGAGCUGUGAAUAAAGCUGAAGGUAACCUGACUAUCGGAAUCAAGGGUAAUGUGUCACGGAGUCCGAGUCAGCCAAUGUUAUUGGGUAUCUCUCAGAUACUGGAACUAUACAGGGAGGAUCCUGAGGAUAUUCUGUACAACCUUGGCUUUGGGAUGGAAGAGCCGAAUAUUACAGCAAAAAUUCCGCCUCGCUUUUUCAGCUACACCUCCCACGCAAAUGGAAUUAACUUCCGUGUCUUCUUGGAAGCUCAGGUGAAGAGACUGGGGGAGGAAAAUCCCAGUUACACAUUGGCAAGUCGUUUCCGGCAGAUUGAGGUCCUGACGACCAUGGCGAAUGCCCUGACCUCCCUCUACUCCCGUGUGUCCAAAACGCCAGUGAGGAAGAUCGGGCCUGCCCACCAGUUCUCCUUCAGUCCGGAGAAAACCAAGCAAUGGCAGGAAGGGAAGCACCCGGGAGGAAAAGCCGUUCAGAAACUGCGGAAAACAAUUACCAAGUUGUGCUUGUACGGAGCACCCAAGGAGUUGGGAAAUCCGAAGCAAAGGAAAGAGUCGUCAAGCAAAGCGAGCUCGGGGCCGGACCAGUCUCCAGGUUGCUCAGCGAAAGCGGAAUGUGUGAAAACCGAGCCUCGAGGCUCAGGAGAAGGUUGUGAACAGGCCUCCAAUUCUAGAGAUGGACAGAACUCAGAGAGUCCACACCUGAAGGAGGAAGAAGGUCAGCAAUCUAGCGGGGCCGUUACCAAGGAGACGUCGGAUGCAGACACCGGGAAGUCCAAACUUGACGCCCUCAACACAACAGCAACGGCAGAGGCAACGGCGCACCAGUCUCCGGGAAUGGAGUUUCCCAAUGAACACUCGGAGUGCUCCACACCCAUGCCAUCACUGUCGGGGCAAGAGGUUGAUUCCAACCCUGGUGGCUCCCAGGACCUGCACAUCAAUACACAGGAGUCAACACAUCUCAUUAUUUCCCCAGAGCUACCAGAACAGCUCAAAACAUCGCCUGAAAGUCCAGGAUAUGUUGCAAACUGAGGUUUGCUGGGUGACAUGAUACCGAUGUCAGAAGGAUGAGUUGUAAUCCUUUGACCAGUCAGCGAUUGUUUUCUCGUGGAUACAUCUGAUGAGAAACUAAUACGUCACGCCAAAUUCAACAGGGAAUAGAUGCCCUGCUGCAUCCCACUCCUCAUCAUCCUGGAUAUACAAACUUGACUUUCAACGCAAAUCACGAGGUGUUCAUAAAACGAAGACAAAAGCAAAAGGGGCCAUUCAAAACAAAGGACCACAGUCAGCAUUUUGCCUGCUAGUGAACUGCUGUCCCAGUAGUAAGAGUGGUGAUGAGAGGGUUUGCUGUUCUCUAUAACCACACACGAUGAUUUAUAACACCAUAGAAUAGCAGUGGUGCAUCCAGUAGAACUGCUGCCUCACAAUGCCGGAGUCCCAGGUUCGAUCCUGGCCUCGGGUGCUGUCUGUGUGGAGUGAUCAUGUUCUGCCAAUGACCAUGUGGGUUUCUUACGGGUGCUCUGGUUUCCUCCCACAUCCCAACGAUACGCGAUGGUCAGCAUGGAUUUGGUGGGUCGAAGGGCCAGUUUCAAUGCCUUCUUCUUCUUCUUCUUCUUCUUCUUCUUCUUCUUCUUCUUCUUCUUCUUCUUCUUCUUCUUCUUCUUCUUCUUCUUCUUCUUCUUCUUCUUCCCUUUGCUUCUCUAGGCAGCAUAGGUCAUUGACAAAUGUCCCCCACAUCACUCGGUUGUUGGCAGUUCUUUUGAGGCCGCCCCACUUGAGCCCACUCUCAGACAUUUCUGUUUGGACACCCCUUCUCCAGCUGUUCCAUGCUGUACAUUACAAUAUAUCAAGAGAAAAUCUCAACUAGAUUUUUUAAAGAAAAAUCCAGGUAUUUCCCCCAACCCUGCUCUUCGCCAAUAUCCUUGUGUUUUUCAUUAUCUCAUUGACUCAUUUCUGAAACUUCCCAUUGAAUCCAUAUCAAAACCAAAUCACCGCGUCCCAAAUCCUAACACACUUGCAAAAUUAUUAUUUUUUAAUUCUCAUAUCACUUCUGGCUCUUCCCAUCAACACCUUCCCAGAAGCGAAAAGUGUGGUUUCUACUGCACUCGCUCCAGUCAUCUCCACUUCAAAAGUCUCCAAGAGACUUGUAAUGUAAUGGAUAGCAGCAAUUACACAGUGAUGCAGCUCGUAAAGCCGCCGCCUCAUAGCUCCAGUGAUCCAGCUUUAAUCCUGAUCUCCACUGCUAUCUGUGUGGAGUUUGCACGUUCCCCCUGUCAUUUGGAUUUCCACUGGGUUUCUCCUGCAUCCCAUGAAUUGGCAAGAUAAUUGGGAAUCAAACUCACCCCCAAGUAUGUAGUUGUAUGAGCGUCGGGAUUGUGUAAACAGUUGCUUCAUUAUUGUCGUGGAGUCAGUGAUUCUAAGGCUUGUUACUAAGCUGUGACUAUGACUUCAUAAUUACAUCAAUAGUUGUAAAGUGCAUUAAACUACAUUUUUUUAAUGGUACAGAUUUAAAACCAAUUCCUGAUAUUUUUGCACUAAGUAUCUCUGUUUAUAAAACCAGAGAUCCAAUCUGCGUUGCUCCGUGAUCUGUUAGCCUACACUUCCAAACAAACAUGUCCUGUCUCUUGCAUCAUUCAACCAACAUUAUCUCUCCUCAUCCUUCCUUGCAACAUAAAUCACCUCACAUCCUCAAAACGGUUGACUCCUGCCGGCCACUUCAUUGGCUUUUCACAGGCAAGUUAACAUUCUCACGGGGUCCGAUCGCCCGGGAGCGGGGGAGCUGAGAUUCCCCCCCGAUGCAGGAGUUUGAUCGCCCCAACGCGAGGGCCCAAAUGCCGCCGGCUACGGGGGCCAAGAUCACCCCGUCAAUGGAAGGCUCGAGGCCCCCGACCGCAGGAGAACAAGGGAUGAGAUUGAACUUUUUUUCGCCUUCCAUCACAGUGAGGAAUGCGGAGGAGUCACUGUGGUGGAUGUUUAUGUUGAAAUGUAUUUGUGUGUUUUGUUGCUUUAUAUUGGUAUGACUGUAUGGCAAAUCAAAUUACUUGUAUGUUGCAAAACAUACUUGGCUAAUAAAGUAUUAUUAUGAUUAUGAGACCAUUUAGUGGAUCGCCUACUGUUAGUACUUUCACAUUGAGCGGUUUAUGCUGUGUUUAGUUUAGUUUACUGUCACGUGUACCAAGGUACAGUGAAAAACUUUUUUAUUGAGUGCUAUCCAGUUAGUGUAAAUACUAUACAUGGUUACAAUCAAGCUGCCCACAGUGUACAGAUUCAGGAUGAAGGUAAUAAUGUUUAGUGCAAGAUUAAAUCCAGAAAAGUCCAAUUAAAGAUAGUCUGAGGGUCUCCAUGAGGUAGAUGGUAGGUCAGGACUGCUCUCUAGUUGGUGAUGUUGGUUGCCUGUACAGAAUUUGUACGUUCUCCCUGUGACCUGCAUGGAUUUUUUCCAAUAUCUUUAGUUUCCUCCCACACUCCAAAGCCAUACAGGUUUGUAGGUUAAUUGGCUUGAUAUAAAUGUAAAUUGUCCCUAGUGUGUGUAGGAUAGUGUUAAUGUGCGGGGAUUGCUGGUUGGUGCGGUCUCGAUGGGCCGAAGGGCCUGUUUCCACACAGUAUCUCUGAACU